AUGUUAACGGCCCCAGAUUCCGGAGAAGAUUUAUUCAUGUACCUCUCAGUGUCCGAUCACACUGUAAGCGCUGUGUUGCUGAAGGACCGAGGAGUGCAGCAGCCGAUGUAUUACAUAAGCAAAACCUUGGUAGAUGCUGAGACGAGAUAUCUACCCUUGGAGAAGUUAGUGUUGGCUCUGGUACACGCAACAAGGAAGCUGCCGCAUUACUUUCAGGCUUAUACUGUGUUCGUCCUUACCGAGUAUCCCCUGCAGUCAUUGUUAAAAAGGUUAGACUUCACAGACCGAAUAGCUAAGUGGGGGACUCAGCUAGAGUUCUCCCCCAAGAACGACAGGAAGAUAAUCUGUAAUGUAGAGAAUCGCCCAUGGAAGGUGUUUGUGGACGGUGCUUCGAGUGCUAUGGGGGCCGGAGCUGGAAUUGUCAUAAUCACUCCAGAGGGUAUACGACUAGAGCAUUCCUUCAGAUUGGGAUUCAAAGCCUCUAAUAAUGAGGCUGAAUAUGAGUCCUUUCUUACCGGAUUGAGGACCGUUUUGUGCCUGGGCGCAAGGGAUGUGGAGGUUUAUUCGGAUUCUCGGCUGGUUGUUUAUCAGAUCCAGGGAAGCUUUAAAGCUUGGGACUCUCGAAUGAAAGCUUAUUUGAGUGCAGCUAAGAAAAUCAUUAGCAAGUUCGGGACAGUGAAGGUGGCCCAGGUAGGCCGAGCACAAAACAAACACGUUGACUCACUAGCCACGUUGGCCUCGUCAAUUACCGAGGAGGUUCCUUGGCUUAUCAAAGUAAAACUUAUAAGGGUGCCAAGUAUCGGUAUGGAAGAUAAUUGUAACUCAGCCGGGGUCGACGUCAUCGUGAUUUCAACAACCAGGCCAUGCUGGAUGAACCCGAUCAUCGACUUCUUAGCCAAGGAUAAGGUUCCAGACGAUGAAAAAGAGGCUAAAAAGAUUCGUCGAGUGGCUUCCCAGUAUUGGCCGUCAGCAGAUUGCAAAUUGUACCGAAUGUCUUUUGGAGGCCCGUACCUUUUAUGCUUACAUCCCGAGAAAGUAAAUGAACUUCUGUCCGAGCUGCAUGACGAGGUGUGUAGUGGUCAUGUUGGGGGGCGUUCGUUAGCACACAGAGCGAUGACUCAAGGAUUUUGGUGGCCGCAAAUGCAGAAAGAUGCAGCAGAAUAUGUCCGGAAAUGUGAACAAUGUCAAAAACACGCUCCUCUGAUCCACAAGCCAACAAGUCGUUUAAGCCCCGUCAAUAGUCCAUGGCCAUUUGCACAAUGA